UUGAAGUUGUGGUGAUAAAAGAAGUUGUUGAUGGUUCAGGGGCGCACGGGCAAGGUUCGAGAGGCUGAUUGAGCCUGAGAUUGCCUGUUGACCAUGAGAGCCGUAUUAUCAGACCUGAGGUUUGGUGCAAGGGUCUGCCGCAAUUCCUCGCUUGUCCGACAGUCCAUCAACACGACCAACUACCACAGCCUUACCAGGACGAGUGCCUCGAUCAGGAAACCAGUCGACUUUCAUCGAUACAGCUCACAAGCAUUGGAUCCAACAUCUUCAAUAGAUCAAAAUGAGACCAGUCUUGCAGCUCAAUCAGCGGUUGCAGGCAGAAGGAAAUCGAGUGUGGUGACGUUCAAGACGCUCAAGGAGCUAUAUCGAAAGGAGAUUCCGAUAACCAUGCUCACGGCAUACGAUUUCGCGACGGCCAGGAUGAUAGGCAUGGCGACACCACCAUCGCAAAGCGAGAAGAAAGAGCCGAGUAGCAGCGAGCUCCCGAGCGGGAUCGACAUCUGUCUAUGCGGGGAUUCGUUGGCCAACGUCUGUCUCGGAUACCAAUCGACGACCGAGCUUGAGGUUGACGAGUUCGUCUACCAUCUCAAGGCGAUCCGCCGAGGGCUGGACAGUCUGAAGACUGAGCCCGACUAUCGGAUCCCGCUGUUCAUUGCCGACCUGCCGUUCGGGACGUACGAGGCGAGUGUCGAGCAAGGUGUUCGAACGGCCACUCGAUUGGUCCAAGCGGCCAGGGUGGAUGGACUCAAGAUUGAGGGCGGGAAGGAGCUGAGGCCGUUGAUCGAGCGACUGAGUAGCUUCGGGAUGCCCGUCAUCGGCCACAUCGGUCUCACCCCUCAACGGGCCAGCAGUCUCGGCGGCUUCAAAGUCCAAGGCCACGAUUGUCCGUCCAAAGCCCAGGAAAUCAUCGCCGAUGCACUCGACCUAGAGCGGGCUGGCUGUGUCGCAAUCGUCAUCGAAGCCGUCCCAGUCGAGCUGAUCAGCCACCUGAAGAAGCUCCUCAAAGUCCCGUUGAUCGGCAUCGGAGCUGGCCCUCAGACGGACGGACAAGUCUUGGUGACCAGCGAUCUCAUCGGCGCACUCGGCUCCCAUUCUCCUCUGCUCAAAAACAUCAAGCCCAAAUUCGUCCCCAACUUCUCCUCCUCCGUCAAGCUCGAUAAACAUUCACUCAGUCCGGGCCUUCGAUCUCUCCCUACAAAUCAUUCGAUCCUAUGCCCAUCUCGUUCGCACUCGUCAGUUCCCGAAGAUCGGAUUGCAUACUUAUAGCAUGAAAGCAGAGGUCCUGCAACAUUUGAACCAACACGGCUGGU